AUGACUUGGGCCACGCCGGCGAGGGCGUGCGGCGCGGGCAUCCUGCGAAAAAUUAAAAGCUCUGAUUAUGAGAAAAUAAAGGCAGAACAUGGCCUGCUAAUCGACUUUGAAGAUUUCAUUGGUUACUUGAUUAAUCUUUUGAAAAAGUGCAACAAAAAUAGCGAGGAUGAAGAAAUGGCAUAUACUCUGCAGUUGGACUACAACGCUAGCGGCGAAACCACGGAGUACUCUCUACAAGUGAUGGAGACAAAUCAUCUAAGAAAGUUUUGUCAUUUGUCAAUUUCACUAGCCGCUUGUGGCGAUAAAGAAAUCAAAGAAACCCUCUGCAAAAGUUUCAAGCAGUUACAAGGAGUGAACGAGAGUUUAGGCGAAGAAGUGCGGAAAAAGACAGAUGACUUACAAACGCUGAAGAGGGAACUUCAAGGAAAAAUUGUUGCUUUGGAAACAGUCAAUAAAGCACUCGAGGAAGAUGUUAAAAAAGUGAGAUUAGAGUAUGAUGAUGCCAUUUCUAGAGAGAAAGCAAGGAUGGAUAAAAUUUUUAGUGAGUGUAACGAGAAACAUAAAGCUGAAUUAGUGCAGAUGGAGGAACAACAUACACGAGUGAAGCACGAUCUGGAAUAUCUGCUGAAAGAAGCUGAAACGAAGCUGUGUGAAAGUGACGAGAAAUGUAGGGUACUGAAACUCGAUAACGAGGAACUCAGUGGGGUCGUUGAGAAAUUGCAGGAGAUCGAAAGAAGUACAGGAAGAGAAAUAACAAAGCUGCAAACGCAGCUCGAAGCGAAAGAUUCACUGAUGAGGGAGAGGCAAGCUACCAGAAGAGUUCUCGUCAUGAAGUACAAGGCGCUGCUGCGAGACUUCAGUCUGACUGCGGAGAAAGUGAAGACUUUACAGGGGCAGCUGGACAGUGCGGUUAAGCGAGAGGCCAAGCUCCGGAAUCAGCCGUUCAACUGCCCUUCCAAACCCUUUGCUGUCUCUGACAGAAUUACAAGGUUGACGGCUGCUGCAGGUGAGCGCAGACUACAAGAGGAGUGCGAGCGCGCGUCGGCAUCCGAGCUGCGCUGCCAGCAGCUCGAGGCGCAGCUGGAGGAGAAGAGCUCCGACUACGGCCGGCUGCAGCUGGAGCUGGCCAGCAAGGAGAGCGCCCUCCGCUCCAGCGAGGCCGCCGCCUCCGUCCUGAGCCGCCAGCUGCGGCAGCUGCAGCUGCACCAGCGCUACCCGCACGUCGGGACCAGCCGGCCACCUCUCGGCCUGGCGUCGGCGAGGCCGCAAUCCUCCGGAAGCUGCGGCAAUCACCUUAGGGCUGACACCUUCCGACGCGAACCGCAGGCAGCAACUGUCAGCGAAGCCACUUCAUCUUACUUCUCCAAGAGGCUCUGA